AUGCCUCUUUUCUUAGGUUGGAGAUGUAGUAGGGCUUUGUUGAAGUUGAACACCACCACCACCGCCGCCACUGCUACUGCCACUGCUACUGCAACCUCCCUCCUAAAUCUAAUCCGGCACAACAGUUCCUUCCCCAGCAGCCAGCAUCAUCAUCAUCAUGAGCCAGCCAUGUCCUUGAUGCGUUUCAGAAGCUCUUGCCGAUCUUUGCACCUUCGUGAACUAUGCACAUCCACAUCCACAUCCGAUCACACCCACCUCCUCAUUUCGGCUUUUAACACAGAGACAUCUAACCAACACUUCUUCUCCAUUCCAAUAUUCCACCCACCAAAACUCUCUCUUGGCUCCCUCACUCCACUUUUCACACUCCCUUCCCAUCCCUUCGGUCUCACCUCUUCUCAAUAUCUCAACCCUUUUUUUCUCCUUCACCACGCUGAUUAUCCCCAUUAUGAUCACACUCCUAUUCUCACCUAUAACCCCACCACCCAACAAACUCUCACUCUUCCCCUUGAUCCCCCACUCCCUGCUGCAACCACAACUACUUGGAAUGUUAGGACCCAUUUUGGCUUCGACCCUUCGACCAAACACCACAAAGUCCUUCGUGUUAAAUGGACUGAACCUAUUCCACGGUCGAUCCCUAAAGUUAUUAAUAUGGUGUUCACGGUUUUGACACUGGACAGCAACGGUUCAGGUUCGGGGUCUUGGAGAAGGAUAAACCCUGUGCUGCCUUUUGAUCCAAAAAAGUAUGUUAAUGGUGGGGAAAGUGUUUGUGUCAAUGGUGCAAUACAUUGGUUAACCAGAUAUGGAGAUUCCAUUGUGGCUUUUGAUCUUAAAGAUGAGAAAUUUAGACUAAUUCCACUUCCCCGUGACUAUAAAGAUUUGAACUUUGACUCGUUCCGUUUCCAAUUUGAACGGCUAUUUGAGCUUGACGGGUGCUUGGCUUUGAUCUCUGACAACGCUACCCAGCAUCAUUUCACAUUGGAGCUGUGGAUUCUAAAGGAUUACAACAAUCAUGUGUGGGUUAAGGAGAGUAUAUGCUUUCCAUUUAGAUGGAGGAAGCAUGGUCAACCCAUUCCCAUUGGGACCAUCCCUACGGGCGAGAUAUUGCUAAAGCCGCUCUCCUUGGAUGAGAGUGCUACUGCGUGGGUGCUAUUCUAUGAUAUGGGGGGACAAAGUUUCAAGAAAAUUGAUAUCACCGGCUUGCCUGAAUGGGUUUAUUCGAGUGGUACUCGAAUUAUCAGAACCAUUUCUGUUUAUGGGGGCUAA